AUCUGACUGAAACAAACUGAUUUAUAAUUUUAUUUUUCAACUGGGUGGACAGGUCUUUCCUUUAGCCAAAGAUCCGUUGGAGAGAAACAGCUGCCAUGGAAACUGUUUUGCUCAUCUUCUCUUCACUCCUGGCAUGGGUUGCUGCUGCAGAGGACCACAAUGCAGAGGAUGGCGAGGCAAAAGUUGAAAAUCCUUUCAUUUAUGACUAUGAGACCUUGAGAAUUGGAGGACUGGCGUUUGCUGUGGUGCUCUUCACUCUCGGCAUUCUCCUCAUCCUCAGUCGGCGAUGUCGCUGCAACGUGAAGCAGAAGCCCAGGGCCUCCGGAAACGAGGAGGCACAAGAAGAGAACAUGAUUGUCUCCAAUGCUGCAGCGGCUGCCAAGGAGACCCCAUCAGAGAACUGAGACGGCGACCCAGGACCACCUUCAGAACAAUUCUGAUCAUUUUAUUUGACAUUCUAACAAUAUUAACAAAGGAAUUAAAGGAUUGGUUAGAUCGCAGGAUAAAAGGGGAGGCAUGCAUCAGAAAGGUGUCGUGUGUAAAUAGAUUUUGUGCCAGCUGUUUUUGUUGUGACUGUGCUUCUGUUGAUCUCCGUGCCUUCCUGUGAUGGUCUCUCACUGCAGUUUGUUGUCUUAGCCUGCAGCAUCGAUGACACAAGAUUGUUUAGAAAAUCCUUCAGACAGUUUUUUUAAUGUUGUGCGGUGUGCUAUUCAUUUGUACUCCUAUCUAUUGGACUUUAGGUUUUAGGAUUUGUAACUGUGUUCGCUUGUUUUGUCAGUCAUCCUGAAUAUCGUUUGUUACAUUUGGAUUAUAAGACAUAUGCACAUAGAAAUACUUUACGUGCGAGGCAUUUAAAUAUCCUCCAUGUAUGUUUGAGUGYUGUGUUUGGGUGUGCAUAAAAAUGUAGUUCUAACCGAGCAGGCUUAUCCUGCAUGAUUGUGACGUCCUUCAGCGUAGCUCGACAUGUCGAUGUGAUGAUCCUUACAAGAGACAAUCUCCAAUGCCACAGCUCUGUGAGUGAGCUCGUGACUGAUUAGCAGGUAUCUCUGUGGGCUCCUCCACCACGGUGGUUUGCCGUCUGAAGUGGAGCGAGCGCCUACGUCAGCUGUCUCACUYCCUUCUUCUCCACAUAUCUACUCCACUGGCUCCGGCAGGAUUAACUAGUCUCCUGCAAUCUAUGAUUAGCUUCCCUGCUUGCAAUCACUAGUGGCGCAAAUCUGUGAAGCUGGAAUUAGCUUUUUUUCCUUCCUCUCUUUCUUUUUUUUUCUUUGUAACUUUUCUUUUGAACAGCAUACAUGCACUAAAAGAAAAGACAAAGGGUGGGUGAGUUAAAACCCAAACAUAAGUAGCCUGAUGUGAAGUUAAAUCCUAAAGAAUGUGUGGAGAUUUGGGCUUUCACAAAGCAAAAGUGUGGGUUUUAAAGAUGAGAGCUACAGCUAAAUGCUAUAUCCUUCCUGCGCAUGAGGCCUUGUUCUGUAGCAACCUGUUGUGCUUUGGCAUAAAUCAAUAAAAGUAUGUUCAAACACAAAA